AUGAGAGCAUACCAUCUCCGUCCGCGUAGAAUCGGACCGCGGCAAUGGAUACACAAAAGCUGUCGGACAGGUAGCCUGUCUUUUGCCAUCUACGCGGGGAGAAGAGGUCUCUUAACACAGAGCUAUGCUCGUGGUCCUUCAGAACCACCCUUAUUUGAACAGACAGUAGGACAGCAUUUCGCUUCAAUUGUUGAUCAAUACGGAGAUAGACCAGCCGUAAUAGCAAAGCAUCAAAAUACACGCUUAACAUACGAUGGUCUUGAUGGCAAAAGCAACAGUCUCGCGCGAGGUCUUGAAUCCGUCGGUGUUCAGAAGGGCGAUCGCGUGGCGGUGAUGCUGGGGAAUUCAAUUGAAUAUGCAAUUGCUACAUACGCUCUGUUCAAGCUUGGAGCGAUACUGGUCCCUUUGAACCCGUCCUUCAACGUCAGCCAAGUUGCUGCCGCUCUCAGCCACCUCAGUGCGAGCCAUUUGAUCAUCAGUGCCGAAGCCAACCUGCCCCGACGUGGUCCUCGUGACAACAUCCCACUUCUCAGACACCUUCUCCCCGAUUUGGAGACUCCGAAAAUCGAAUCAGCCUUGGUACCAUCAUUGAAGCAAGUUAUAAUGGUGGAUAACUCGUCCGGACGAGUCGACCUCUCUGCUUAUAAAAGCUUAACACCAUACUCAUCCAUUAUAUCUGAGCUGGCAUCGGACGGCAGACCACUUGACCCUCGAGACCUCUCGCCACAUGACAUUGUCAAUAUCCAGUUUACAUCCGGGACGACAUCAAUGCCAAAGGCGGCUUGUCUAAGCCAUCGAUCAAUCUUGAACAAUGGCGCCCAGAUAGGCGAUCGGAUGCGCUUGACACCUAACGAUGUGGUCUGUUGUCCCCCACCGCUCUUUCACUGUUUCGGAUGUAUAUUAGGCUAUAUGGCGACUGCUACACACGGAUCCGCCAUCGUAUUUCCAUCAGAGUCAUUUAACGCCAUUGCAUCCUUGAAAGCUGUCCAGGAAGAGAAAUGCACCGCACUCUAUGGUGUACCGACCAUGUUUAUCGAGGAACUCAGUCUCCUGGAGAAAGGCGAGGUCCCAUAUGAAGGAUUCCAGUACCUUAGGACAGGAAUCGCUGCCGGCAGCAGCGUCCCUGCUGAGUUAAUGAGAAAACUCCACAAGACGCUGAAUUUGACGGAAUUAACAAUUUGCUACGGCAUGACUGAAACGAGUCCCGUGUCUGCAAUGACAGCAACUGAUGAUCCAAUGGAGAAGCGAAUCUCGAGCGUCGGGAGGCUGAUGCCACAUGUAGAGGCCAAGAUUGUGAACCCUGCAAAUCGCAGUGAGAUAUUGCCUGUGAAUACGAAAGGUGAGUUAGUCGUAAGCGGCUAUCUUGUCAUGAAAGAGUACUGGGGUGCCCCGGAGAGAACUGCCGAAGUGAUGGUUGCAGACCAAGAUGGGAAGGUCUGGAUGCAUACAGGGGAUGAGGCAACAAUAUCUCCCGAUGGGUAUGUUACAAUAACUGGCCGGAUCAAGGAUCUGAUCAUCCGUGGCGGAGAAAAUAUCCACCCAUUGGAAAUUGAAAACACCCUUCUUUCAAAUCCAGGCAUCUUGGAUGUAUCUGUUGUGGGCGUUCCAGACGAAAGAUAUGGAGAAGUGGUCGGUGCGUUUGUCGUACCCAAGGACCAGGGCAAAGGAGCGAUAACUAUCGACGAGAUUAAACAAUGGGUACGGGAGAGGCUCAGUAACCACCUCGUGCCGAAGUAUGUCUUUUACCUCCCUGGCCCGACUGCAAUUCCGAAGACUGCCAGUGGGAAGAUUCAAAAGUUCAAGCUGAAGGAAAUGGCUAUUCAAUCUUUAAAGGAGAGGAACUCAAAUGGGGGAGAAGAACGGUCAGAAACCGGAAAGGCAACAUAUACAACUCCUGUUUAG